ACAUCCGCAAUUCAGUAUUCAUAUAAAACCGUUUCUGUUAACACGUAUGCGGUAACAGAAUAUGAGAAACUCAGUUCGUUAAACCCUGCGUCGAGAUUCACGCGAAUACAAAAAAUUUUAAAUAAAAAUUAAACUAGAUCAAAAAAUCUAUAAUACUCCAUUUAAAACCAGUGUUAUUUAUUACUAUCAUAUACGUUUUUACUUAUGCUUACUUCAAGCUCGAAUAAUUGGGCAGUAAAGUGUAAUUGUCAAUUUAAUAAAAUAAAUUUAAUUACAUAUUUAAUUUGAAUCUGUAAAACAGUGGGCGUCAACGAUUUGUAGUUAUAUUUUUUUUCUAGAAACUGUGAUUUUGGUUAUGUCCUAAAUUAAAAUUCAAAUUUAAAGAAAAAUACUUUAAUUACAAUAAAAAGAAUAAUAACAAUAAUUAUUAUUAUUAAAUUGUACUGCAGUUCACUCACUAAAAAUUAAUAGCAGGUUCAAAUUAAAAUUACAGAACCGAAAUAGAGAGUGAGCCAAAAUUUGAUAAGACACAAUGCCGACGGUAUUUUUAGCCCGAUUGCCAGUACCUAGUUUUCGUGUUUAUACAGCAAUUAGUAUUGCUAUAUUUUCAUGCUCCAUAUAUUAUGCAGCCCAAAUAAUAAAAGAUCCUGGAUGGCGUUCAAAUCAUACAAUUUUUACUCCCGGCGAUGAUCACAGUAAUGGAACCAAAACUGCCAAUGGAAAUGAUUCGAGGAAAACAAGUAUGCACUUUAAAGAACUUCUUGCCUGUAUUAUUCAAGAACCCGUUUGCUUUUGGCCAUUAAUGAACAUAGCAUACUGCUCUCUUAUUUUGCUGGGAAAAACAAUUCAAAAACUUGUUUUUGGUGAACUAAGAGCAUCGGAGAGGCAACAUCUUAAAGAUAAAUUUGGAAACUUUAUCUUUUACAAAUUUAUAUUUGUCUUCGGUGUUUUGAAUGUUCAAUAUGCUGAUGAGAUUGUUUUGUGGUGGGCUUGGUUCACUGCACUUGGAUUUCUCGGUCUUCUCAGUCAACUCUGUAAAGAUCGAUUUGUUUAUUUAUCUUUUUCACCAACGACACCAGGAUGGAGCCACGCGCGUCUUCUAGGACUACUUGCUGCAAUCCUUUCGUUGUCCUUGUUUAUGCUACUUAUAUCAACUGCGGCAGCCUUCUUUUUUGUGUCCUUCAAUACUUAUGCGUUCAUGGCAGCUGAGUGUAUCCUGUUGGCAGUUCGUACAAUUCACGUGAUGUUGAGGUACGCGAUUCAUCUGUACGACACUCGAUCAUCGCCCCGAUCAUCAUCAUCAGACAAACGUGGCCCAUUGGCGUAUUAUACUGAAUUAAUAUGUGAAUUAACUGUUCUUGCUGUUGAUUUUCUUCAUCACGUUCACAUGUUACUGUGGAGUAAUAUUCUAUUAAGCAUGGCGUCACUUGUAAUAUGUAUGCAAUUACGCUACUUAUUCCAUGAGAUUCAACGUAGAAUUACUAAACACAGAAAUUAUCUCGCUGUAUUGAAUCAUAUGGAGCAAAAUUACCCAAUGGCUGUACCAGAAGAACUUGCCGAAAAUUCGGACAACUGUGCAAUAUGCUGGGAAAAAAUGGACUCGGCGCGAAAAUUGCCCUGUAGUCACCUCUUCCACAACUCAUGCUUGCAAUCUUGGUUAGAACAAGACACCUCGUGUCCAACAUGCAGGCUCGUAUUAAGUAUGCAAGCUAAUCGGCGUGACAAUACAGCUGAAUUAAGAACAGAGUCACCCGAAUCACAAACAUCCGUUGGCAGAAAUGAUAAUCAUUUCUUCCACUUUGAUGGUUCAAGAUACGUGUCUUGGUUGCCAAGUUUCUCCGUUGAAGUUACGCAUAAUCGCUUACGAGGUGACAUUCUUACCUUGGCGCACAGUAAUUCUCAGUUGGAUGCUAUGGCAAGACAAGUGAUGCACUUAUUUCCUCAUUACCCGAGGAAUGUUGUACUGGAAGAUCUCAGAAUUACUAGAUCUGUUGAGUUAACUGUAGAGAAUAUCUUAGAUGGUAGAUUAACGCUACCGCACCAUGUUAUUGGGGAAAUUGAAGCUGAAACUUCAACUCAAACUCAAUCUAGUAAUAAUCACACUUUACCUAGUCCAGUUACUUCGAUAACGUGGGAUCCUAAGUUUGAUAUACCUGUUGUCGAUAGAAUUUCAUCAAAUAAAAAUGAUAUAGUUGAAAUAGUGGAAAACCAAACCGAAGAACCAUCAACUGUCGGUGGAAGAUUUUCAAAGUGUUCAAAUGAACGAGAAAGAAUAUUACAACGUCGUAAAGAGCACAUGUUGCUAACAGCAAGACGAAAGUAUCUCGAGAAACAUCGAAAGUCGGAAAUUGAGUCAACGUCAUCUGGAAGUAGUACUGAAAAUAUAAUUGAAUGUGCAUCUUAAAAUAACUCGCACAUCAUUGUCAUUAUUAUAAACUGAAUUGUUUUUUAAAUUGAUGUUUCUUUUAUUUAUUUAUUUUUUUUAAAUAUUAAAUGAUAAAAUUAUAAUAACACUGGCGGAUCCAAAUUACGGUAAUUUACCGCAUUUCGCCGUAAUUUGCCAUAAAAAACAGCAUUCUUAUGGCAAAUUUGCCGCAAUUUACGGUAUUUCACUGUGAAUUACGGUAAAAUACGGCCAUGUGCGACAUUUUUACCUUAAGCACCGUAUAUUUUUUUAGUUCUACAGUGCAAUACUUCACUUUACGGUCAAAUAUCGCAGGUUUGCCGCAAUUUUACGGUAAAUUACCAAUCUGUACUGCAAUUUUACGGUAAAAAUACCACCAUCUUGCCGUGAAAUACUUUCGUUCGCCAUAAAAUACCGUAGGUUUACCGUAAAAUACCGCACUUUACCGCCAAACACCUUCUCUCACCGAAAAUUACGAUAUUCUACGUCGAAAGUACUGUAUUUUUACCGUAAAUUUGCAGUAAAAGAGUGGUAAUUUACCGUGAAAUAGCGGCAAGCCUGCGGUAUUUGACCUUGAAGUGAAGUAGUGCACUGUAGAGCUAAAUAAAUAUACGGUGCUUAAGGUAAAAAUAUCGCAAAUGAUCGUCAAUUGCCGUAAUUUACUGUAAAAUGCCGCAUACUACUGUAAAUUGCCGCAAAAUGCCGUAAAUUACUGCAAGCUGUUGCAAAUGUCCUGUAGAAAUACCGUACUGUACACUAAAUUACGUCAAAAUGCGGUAAAUUACCGUAAUUUGGAUCCGUCCAUAGCAGAUCCGAAUUAGGUAAAUUACGGUAUUUGGCGCAAUUUACGGUACCUAGCAGAUCACCGUAAUUUACGGUACCCAGCAGAAUUACCGUACUUCGCGGUAAAAAUACGGUACUUUCCCGUAACUUAUGGCAUUCUACUGUAAAUUAGGCGUGCGGAAAAAUAUCGUAAAUUACCGUAGUUUUACCGUAAACUGCGGUAAUUCUGCUGUAUACCGUAAAUUACGGUAAUUUACCAUAAUUCGGAUCCGCUAGGGGGUCAGAGAAAAAAAUGAAGUUCGUAAAGUUGUAAAGUGUAUUGUACACUGAAAAAUUCAUAAAAUGAUAUUUAUGACGAUAUAUAUUCAUAUGAUGGUGAUGAUAUAUAUAUUUUUGUCAAUAAAGUGAGGACGAAUGAAAACAUAAAUAAAAAACUGAAAAUUCUUAUAGAAAUAUUGAGCGUAUCGAGAUUUGAAUAAAAAUAAAAUUGUAAGUAAUGAUGAUGAAACGAUCUAGUUACUUGGUGACGUAAAUUAAAUAGAAAUUAACGUCUAAUUAUAUGCGGCAUCAACUUAAAUGUCGAGUUAACUGGUGAAAAUAAUAAACAAAACCAUGCAUAUAUAAAUUUAAAUAAUAAAUAAAGAACGGCUGUGUCUUAUGGAAGAUUAAACUUAAAAAAAUAAUCCGUACGUAAAAAUAACAAAUUAACAACAUGAUAUUUAAAAAGUAAUUAAUUUAAUAAAUUAGAUUUUUAAAUAAGAAAAGAUUCUUAAAUUUAGCCUUGCAUUGAAUCUGCACUGAUAAUUAUCACGUAAUAUUUUUUUUUAUAGUAACAAAACAAUUAAAAGUUAAAUUAUAAUGUCGAGCUUGUGUUUAUUGAGUGAAAAAACAAAAAUGAAUUAAUUGUUUAAUAAUUUAUAAAAGGAAGUAAAUGUUAAAUUUAUCAGCAGCUCAAAUAAAUCCGACCACUAGAGCAGAUUAUAGACUAGUUUUUAAAUUCAAUAAUAUUAAUUAUUUAUUUAAAUGUUUAUGAUACUUAAUUACUGAUUAUUCAUUUCAUAGAUUAUUUUUUUUAAUAAAUAUAACAAAUUGAAAGCCCACUAUACUCAAUUUAUUUUAAUGUUUAAACUUUUAAAUUAUUAAAAGCCUUUAUAAUUAUAAUCGAAUUUUGUUCUAACGCCCGAAUAAUUAUUUACACAAGUCUGCUCUGAAAUGUUGCUUACGUUCCUUUUUCUACGUAUGUGUCUUGCUGAAGAUACUUGUGACCAGAUUCAAAUUACAAGCCUUACACAAGAAAUUCAUGCCAGAUUAUAACUCAAUUCUGGAGGAAGACUCUAGUUGAAAAUAGUUGCGCAUGGCUUGUUCAAGAUCCGCUCAAGGCUCUAAAUUGACUUUUGGCCUUGAGCAGAUCUUGAGCAAGCCAUGCGUAAGUACCUACUGUAAGUUACUGCUGCAAGAUAUGCGUCAGACACUAAUUCAUUGCACCACGUUCAAGAUAUCUUUGAUAUUCUUGCGUACGAUACCAUAAGCAAAAUAUUUACAAACCGUGACAUAGGUUUCUGGAUACACGAUCUUGAGAAAGACACAUACGUAGAAAAAGACAUUAGCAGCUAAGGGUCUUGCUCAAGACACUUACUCCGGAAUUUUGCUCAGACACGUGUUACUAGGGUAAUAAAAUGGAUUGAAUGCCUCCCUAAUGAACCCAAAUUAUGAUAAAUUACCGUAAAUCACGGUAAUCCACCGUAAAAUACCAAUUUACCGUAAAUUACGGUGGAUUUACCACAAUUUGCGGCAUCUUUGCCGUAAUUUACCGCAACGCGUGGCAGAUUUACGGUUAUCCAUCAUAAAUUACGGUAAAUUCACCGUAAAAUACGGUAUUUAGGCGGCAAAUUUGCCGCAAGUUAUGGUAAUUUACAAUAAUGUGCGGUAAUUUACGGCAUUUUAGAGCGAGGGUCGGUAAAAAAUGUGGUGAUUUACCGUGACUUGUGGCAUUGAUACCGUAAGCAUCGUAUUUUAUUUUUUUUUUACAGUUUUUACAGUGCAAUACUUCACUUUUGGUAAAAUCCCGCAAACUUGCCGCAAAUUUCCGGUAAAUUCCCGUUCUUUCACUGCGAGUUUACGGUAAAAAUACCGUAGUACUGUAAAAUACCGUACGUUUACUGCAGAAUACCGUACUUUACCGCAAAUACGUAGUUAACGGUAAAUUACGGUGUUUUGUCCUAAGAUACAGCAUUUUACUGCAAAAGUGCGGCAUUUUCAUCGUGACUUGCGGUAUUUUACUGUACAUUACGAUAUUUCUCUAGCAGAUCCGAACUAUGGUAAAUUACGGUAAUUAUCGCAAUUUGCGGCAAAAAUACGGUAAUUUACCUUGAUAUGGUAGAAUGCGGUAAUUUACGGCGAGUUACAGUGUUUUACCUAAUUUUCCGUAAAAUACGCUGAUGUGCCAUAAUUUACCGCAAAUUACGUUCGAAUGUCGUUUUUUUACCGUAAAAUGCGGCAAUUCUUCUGAAUACCGUAAAUUACGGUAAUUAACAUAAUUUACCAUAGUUCGGAUCUGCUAGGGUUCCAGCAAAAAUUCGUUAUUGUUACUGUAAAUUUCGGUCAGGUACCGUAAAAUACCAUAAUUCGGAUCCGCUUGGGUAAUUAUUGUUUUUAAAAAUUAUCCAGGCAGCUUGCAAUCGCUAGAAUUCAUUACUCGACAAUAAAUCUGUCAAAUCGACUGUCAUAAUUACCCAUAAACUAAUAUUAUUAUUAUUUAUUUAAAUCAUUCAUAUAAAAUUAUCGUUUUUUUAUCAUCCAUGUGCCAAUUUAAUACAAAAGGCCUCAGUUGUAUCUCUCUAAUUUAUUAUAUAAAUAUAUUGUGAUUAUGAUAUUAAUUAUAUAGCAACCAACAAUCACAAUUGUCAUUACCCUUAUUAUCUUUCAUUAACUUUAAUUAAUUGAAAUACAUCGUCUUAUUUUUAGUAGAAAUUAAUUGUAUAAGUUUACGGGACGAUAUAUAUUUAUUUCAGAUGUACGAUUAUGAAAAACGAUAAAAUAAAUAAUUUAUUAUUAUUAUUAUUAUUAUUAUUAACUAUUUUAAUAUCGUAAUUUUAGUCAGGGUUGAUUAAUAUGUUGACUCAGGCAAACUAGACUUUUACUUAUAUUUCUUAAGCAUAAUUAUAAAUAGUAAAUUAGUUUCGUUAUUGAAUUAAUUGUUAAAAAAUAUAAUUUUGUAACCAUAAAAGUUUGUAUAAUUAAUAAAUUAUCAUUUUUAUUUUUAUUUGAUUAUUUAAAGUAAUAAAUACGUUAAGCUUUGUAACAGGCAGUGUACUUUUAAUCUUAUUGAUAUGUAAAUUAUCAAAUACUUAGCCAUUGGUAUAAUUAAUUAUAAAUUAUUAAUUGCAAUGUAUAAAAAAAUAAUAAGUUUGUAAAAGAGCUGAUUUUAAGUCUGAAAGAUUUGUAAGAGUUUUAUGUUUUAAAUAUUUUAAGUGAAAAAAUAAAAAAAAUAUUGUGGAAGCAAGACAGGUAAUGAGUGAACAAUAAAUAAAACAUAAUGUAUCUUAUAAGUAUUAAAUACGUUUAAAAAUUA